UCUUUUUCCAAGCGGCAGUCAAAUUAAUACCAAAAAAUUACUCCAGUGAUCAAAGUUGAUUGGUGAGGUAUGAGCAAACGUUAUGAAAAGUAAAGAAACUUUACGUUGGGAGGAUAUACUCCUAUAAAAUGUCCAAAUCAGCAGAUGAUUAGGACUAAAAGUCAUAAACUAAAAUAUUAGCUAGAGAUAAACUCACAAACCGAUCGCUUGAAUUUCCGUCGGCCGUAAUGGAUCCCGUCCAUUACAUCCAAAACUGUUUCCGUGCAAUCCGAAACUGGUUCCGUCACAACGCCGUCUUAAUCAGUUCCACCCUGUUCAUCUCUGGUAAAAUUCUUGUAACUCCAAAUUUAAUCCACUCGAUUAUCAUCAUAUAUAUAUAUGCUAUAGUUAAAAACACAGGGCUGGUAUGGAGCACGAUGAUGGAGAAGACAUUCCUGAGGAUCCUAAUCACGCCCCACACCAGCGCCGGCGGGAAAGUGUACGAUCUCCCAAGUAUUGUGCUAGUGAAUUUGCACCAAGGAAUAACCAGUGUUUUCGCACUGGUUUUCACUUAUGCGACCGGUGGCUGCUUGCUCCGAUUCUUGGUUGUGGUUUUCUCCACUACAGCUUCCAUCCUCGGAGUGAUACACUACAUGCUUGUGGCUGCUGGAAAUGACGAUAAAGAGCAGCUUCAUAUGUGUUCAUUCUACGUAGCUAUGGUUGUAAUGGCUUCUGCGCAAGCGGCCCUAACAGCCGUGCUGAAAGAAGCUCUCGAAGAUCGUUUCAGGCCGACGUAUCAGAGACAACGCCUCACCAAACUCUUGCGUAAUUGCACUUUGACAAACUCGCUCUAGUGUUAAUCACUAUGAUGCUGUGUUUGUUAUGCGUCUUCUUGUUCAGUUCCUUCUCCUAUAACCACUACGCAAUGAUGAGAGGCAAUGUCAGAGCAACAGAGGCAGCAGACAAUCGGAGGCCAGUGAAUCUUUUGUCAUUAUGGGUUUGUUUACUCAUUUUAAGCCUAGUUUCUGCUUCUGCAAGCACCUUCUUCUUCUUAGAGGCCAGCACAUUCAGUGGCCGCAACUACUUAUCUGUCAUGCUGUCACAAGACAAUUUGCUGAGAUUCACCGAAGCCUCGUUCAGGGGAAUUCAGCAGCACAGCCAAGAGACGAUAGAGUUCCUGAGAAUCGGCAUUGCAUUGGUGUACUCCGUGAUGUGCUGCACCCUUGCAAUGAGCGUGUACUGGCUUACUCCGCACUUCUUUAUACUGGGACUGAUGGUGGGAGUAGCGAAAGAGGGGUUCCGGUCGUUGUACGAAUCUCGGGUUCCACCUCACUUGAAGAGAUUCGGGUCGGUUUGGGGAGAGCUUGCGAGGGGACUUGGUGGUAUACUGAGCAUACUUUGCAUUUUCGUCUUUCGUGGAAGUGAUAUCAGCUGGUCGGAGAAUGACAGUAGCAGCUUCAGCACGUACUGUAUUUUUCUGCUAGUUUUGAGUGGUUUUAGCUUAAUGUUAUUCUUGCUGGUUGCUGUUUUGUACAUGGGUGGGUGCAUCCUUUUGGAUGAUGAUGAAAUCUACGAGCACUUGGAAUAGGACGAUGAUGUUGAUGUCGAUGUCGAUGUCUCUUCAUAAGUGUAUAUCCUUUUAGAUUUUGGUAAUGUUGGAGCAGUACUUC